AUGUUAAGUGUUCUUAAAGGAGAACGUGUCCUUGUAAUAGAUUUUGGAGCAUUAUAUAAAGCAAUUGGUUUAUGGAAUGAUGAAGAUGAGGAUGAUGAGAAUUCUAACCUUAACACUAAGCAUUAUUGA